GAAGAAUUAGGUUAGUUUUUAGUAAUCUUAUACAUAAGCGGUGUUAGUGUAGUUAAUAUGAUUGAUAAAAUGACAUGUCCUCUAUGUAACAGACGUCUAAAAUUAAAACAAAUAAAUUUAACCGAGGCGGUUUAUUUAUGUACAGAUUUAACAUGUUCAUAUCCCAUUAAUAACCAAUGUUACAUAGUCAAACGAAACUUGGAAAAUUUACAAAAAAUAUCGAAAUAUUCCACCAUUUCAACGGUAUCUAACUCAAAUUCUCCUCAUGGAAAUAUCACCGAUGUUGAUAACGAUUUAGAUAUAGACGAAUUAGUAUCUGAGACACUUACCAAUUUGAAUUAUUCCAGAGAAAAUGUUUAUAAUAAUUUAGAUACGAAAAAAUUUGAGACUAGUGUGGGCAAGAUUGAAAAUACAACUUAUGAUGCAGAUUUGGAAGAGUUUAUUAAUGGGUUAACUAAUUGAGGGUAGUGUAUAAGUAAUAUGUAAAUAUAUAUGAAAUAUAUAUAAAAGUGUUUUUUCUAUUUAUUUUUUGAUCAUUUAGGAUGGAUACAACUUUCAGGAUGUUUUUUAACUUCUUUAAUUUUAGUGUGAAAAAUAGGGUUCCAAUAAAACAGAAACAGUAUAUGGUGGACCCCAGGUAAUCCAAUAAACAUUUUGUUGUAUUAUAGCGUCCUCCCUAUAGUUAGAAUUUUUCUAGAAAAUAGUACCUUGUAAUCAGACAAAGUACAGAUCCAAUAAUAUUCUAAAUGUUAUAUACAUGAACUCAGAAGUACAAAUCAAACUUAUUUAUGUGAAGUUUAGUGAAGCAAAUAGCUUAAUUUUUAUUAUGGAAUUGUCAUUAAUGCUUUAGAAUUUACAAAAAAUAUUUUAAGAGGUAUGAAAAAAUGAAUUUGUUUUCUGUUAAACAUUGUUGAAACUUGAGAUUAAAACUUAAACUUUAUCCAUUAGUAGAAGUUUGAAGUGGGAUACACCAUUCUCUUCAGCAUAUUGCAAUGCCAGCUCAAAGGCGUUAUUUAAAUAGUAAUUAAUUAAUUUUCCUAAUCUAUUGUUGUAUAACUAUCAAUCACUUUUAUAAUUUCUUUGUUAGACAUAUCAUGGAAAAUAUUCUCUUUAUCAAUGUAAUAGUUGGUGAAGGUAACUUUCCAAGAUUGAUAAACAGCAAAAUCCAAGUUUCGUAUUAAAUUCUUUCAACAUUGUCUUUGAUUGAUUGUUAUUUUGAUAUGUUUUUCAAAGUAGGUUUUUUAAAAUCUUCACAAAGUAAAUGAUAUGUGGAUCCAUGGGUUGAUUCAGUGCAGAGUAGUUUGGCAGAAGAAAUAUCGCAGUAAGCAUUUGUUCUCAGCUCUUCAGAUAGAAAACUGGAAAGUUAUUGCAGCCAUUUCCUAACUUUUGGUACGAAGCAUCCAAAAAUAGGUUUCGAAUGAAACUAACAGUGUUUUCGAAAACAAUAUAUUUACAUUUAUUUUAGACACUAACAUAUUUUUUUCAUCUUAUAUUAAAAAAUACUUGAAUUUUUUUAUAUUGCAACCAACUCAAAUAGAAUCACGAGAACAAUAUUCAAUUAUUUAAACUACUGUUUCAAAUUUAAAAAAAAUAUUUUUUUAUAUUAAAUUGUAUUUUUAUUUGAUUUUAAAUUACAUUAAAUAAAAUUAAAUUGUGAUUAUUUAUCAGUAUUUACCCUGUUAAAUUCGAAAUAUUUAGAAAGAAUUUAAAUUAAAUUCCAACUUUAAUUUCCGAUAGAUUCCUUUAAAGUUGCUGGUUUUAAUAAAAAUAAAUAAAUAAUCGAAUAUAAGGCAAAUAUAUCACACGAAGAAAAUACUUUAUUUAUUUUUAAAUAAUUGUGUCGUUUAUUUUUAAGUACAAGCCUCCAUUUAAAAGAAGUACCUUGGACAAAGUAAUUAGAAAAAUUGAAAUUAUGGAAUUCAACAGAAAGAAUAU